AUGUUUAACUAUGCCUUGCUGCCUGAAAAAUUAGGUGCCAACAAUUCGCUCACCUCCGACGCCGAGACGCCGAGGAACCCACGACCUUCUCCUUCAACUAUCAACAUCACCACCUCACACCAGACCAUGGCACCCCUAGCUCGGGUUCAAAUACCCCUGGUGGCCCCUCUCAGGCCAUCUCAUCACGCAUAUACACCAUUGCGCCCCAUUGCCCUAGCAUGCCACCAUGCCUCUUCAUUCUCAACCUCCGCGGCUUCGCACGCCGCUAAACAACAGCCCCGAGCCCGCGUACAAGCGACCAAAUCAAUCACACCAGUCUCGCCAACGCCAACGCUAGAGAAUCUCUCCCAAAGCCAUAUCAAUGCGCCUAUCAGCACCUUCCCCGCAAUCAUCAACAUCCCCGACCCGCUCCCCACCUCCGCGCCGACCCCCGAAAAGUUAAAGCGCCUUGUCGCCGUCGGCCGCGCCUACUUGACUUUCUACAAGACCGGUCUGAAAAAUGUGUAUCACAAUUACCGCGCGUCUCUUCCAUUGCGCCGCGAGCUCGGUCUUCCCGCAUACCUACCUGUCUCGCCGCCGCGCACCACCAAAUUCGAAUCCCUGCUCAUUGAGACGCCUGAAACAAAGCUGGGCCGCGGGCGGUUCCAGCUGGUUCGGAGAUCUGCCCGUGAUGUGCAGCGCAUGAUUCCAUUUACGCUGAUCCUGAUCAUCUGCGGCGAAUUCACGCCGCUGAUUGUGCCUAUCUUCGGUAACGCGAUUACUCCAGCUACAUGUCGUGUUCCGGGGCAGGUGACCAAGGAGCGUGAAGCGGGAUCAAAGCGAAAGGUUCUGGCGCAGCAGGCGUUGGCUGCGGCGACUGGGGAGGCAGUACCAGUGACCGGCAGCGACGCAGAGCGAGCCCAGCUUCUAGAAUUGACAACGAUAUCCUCUGCUCAGCAGGCGAGUGCGCAAAAGGUGUUGCAGGCAUGUGCGAUGUUCGGACUCGUGAAAAAGCACGAUCGGUUCUUGGGCACAAUGCUUGCAGGGCCGGUAUAUAGGCCUAGGCUAUUGCGGCACCUGCAUUACCUCAAUAUCGAUGAUCGGAUGAUUCUCGAUGCGGGAGUGGAUGCCCUCAGUGCCGAGGAAGUUCGGAUUGCGGUUGAAGAGCGUGGUGCGGGUGAUGUGUCGGCGAUGCUGAAUGGUGCCAAGGCCGAGGCCGUGGAGCGCGAGUGGUUGAAGAAGUGGUUGAGUGAUAGAAGGGAGGUAAAGGAGUAG